UAUACACUAUCUUUCAUGAAAAUAUUUAAACCAUUUACAUCUCCAUAGUAGAAGAAAUUGAAAUAAAAAUGGGAGAAGGGCUAAAGAAGAACCUUUUGCAGCAUCAAAACAUUUCAGAGGAUGAAGAAGUACCACUAAACAAAAGGAUAUGGAAAGAAAGCAAGAAGAUGUGGAUAGUAGCAGGUCCUGCAAUAUUCAAUAGGUUUUCAACUUUUGGUAUCCAAGUUGUUGCUCAAUCUUUCAUUGGUCAUAUUGGUUCAACUGAAUUAGCUGCCUAUGCCCUUGUUACGACUGUCCUAGUCAGAUUUGCAAAUGGUAUUUUGUUGGGCAUGGCAAGUGCAUUGCAAACUCUAUGUGGACAAGCAUAUGGAGCAAAAAAGUAUGAUAUGCUAGGAGUAUAUCUUCAAAGAUCAUGGAUAGUUUUAUUCCUAACCACAAUUUUUCUUCUUCCAAUAUACAUUUUUACCACCCCAAUUUUAGAGGCACUUGGCCAAGAUAAAAUUAUUGCACAAGUUGCAGGAAGCAUUUCAAUAUGGUCAAUAGGUAUCAUAUUUUCUUUUGCAGUCUCAUUCACUUGUCAAAUGUUCCUACAAGCACAAAGCAAGAACAAGAUUAUUGCUUACCUUGCAGCUUUUUCAAUUUCAAUUCAUGUUUUUUUGUCAUGGCUUUUAACUGUUAAGUUCAAGUUUGGGCUUAAUGGUGCAAUGACAUCAAUCCUUUUAGCUUAUUGGAUACCAAAUUCGGGCCAACUUGUUUUUAUCAUGACAAAAUGUCCUGAGACAUGGAAGGGUUUCUCAUUUUUGGCUUUUAAGGAUCUUUGGCCUGUUAUCAAGCUUUCUUUGUCUUCUGGAGCUAUGUUAUGUCUUGAAAUAUGGUACAACACAGUUUUGAUUCUACUAACAGGGAACAUGAAAAAUGCUGAGGUUGCCAUUGAUGCUCUGGCCAUAUGCCUCAACAUCAAUGGAUGGGAAAUGAUGAUAUCCCUUGGUUUCAUGGCUGGAGCUAGUGUUAGGGUGUCAAAUGAACUUGGAAGAGGGAGUUCAAAGGCAGCAAAAUUUUCCAUUGUGAUAGCAGUGCUCACAUCAUUUUCCAUUGGAUUUGUGCUAUUCUUGAUCUUUCUAUUCCUAAGGGAAAAACUUGCAUACAUUUUCACCCCAAAUCCAGAUGUGGCUAAUGCAGUUGGUGAUCUAUCACCUUUGUUGUCAAUCUCCAUACUGUUGAAUAGUGUCCAACCUGUGCUCUCUGGAGUUGCUGUUGGAGCUGGUUGGCAGAGCAUUGUAGCAUAUGUAAACAUAGGCUCCUAUUACCUCAUUGGUAUUCCUUUUGGAGUGGUGCUUGGUAAUCUUCUCCAUUUGCAAGUUAAGGGAAUUUGGAUUGGAAUGUUGUUUGGAAUUUUUGUUCAAACCAUAAUUCUAAUCACAAUCGCAUUUAAAACUGACUGGGACAAGCAGGUUGAGAUUGCUCGAAAUCGUGUUAACAAAUGGGCUGUAGUGGAGAGUGAUGAAUCAAACAACACAUCAAGGAUAUCUAGUUAAAGAAUAUUAAGAUAUUUAUUUAGAAGAAAAAAUAGAACUCAAUCAAAAAAAGUCUAAUUAAAAGGAGAGAAAAUAUAUCGUCAUUUUCCUUGUGUUUCCUUUUUAA